AUGAUUCUCCAGAGAGUAAACCCUUGUGUUGAGAUUCUCGAUCUUGGAGUUAUUUCAGCUAGCUUCUUGCUUGUGUCCACUACCCAUCAGCUUGCCCUUGAAGCAAGUUGCUUUAGCAUUGCCUUGAGCUCAUUCUCUUGUGUAGGUGCAGGCUGGGGUGGUUGGUGGGGAAAGCCUGGUGGUAUUCAUUUGUUGUCCAGGGAAAGUCCCUUGGGUCCUUGACGGCUCUAUCGAGAAUCGCGCCCAACCGCGCAGUCCGGCUGGCCGAGGAACGAAUGUUCCGCGCUCGGCCAAAUAAUCCGUCCGUCUGAAGUCUCGGCCAAAGUCAAAACCACCGGCCGAUCACGCAUCACGACCCGGGAAACAAUGUCCCGCGGUCGGCCAGCCACAACCACUCACGCCAGCCGCGCACGACCAGCGCGCGAGCCGGGAAGCAAGCCUCGCGGCCGCGCAACCUCUCGCGUACCACGGCCGAUGCGCCGUCCGAGCCGGGAAACUACGUCCCGCGUCCGGCCGAGAAUCAUCGGCCAAUCCUUCACCAUCCGACCCAGCGGCCGACCGUUCCGAUCCGACCACGACCCGAUUGUCCGGCCGAUCGUCCCGACCGACCGUCCAACGCCGCGGUCGACCCGAAGCCCGUUUUGA